AUUUUAUUGCGUCCUCUUCCACUGUCACAACUCCAUGACCUAUAGAGCGCUCUGUCCCCUUUGCCUGGCUGCAUGAAGAGCACUCAUUCGUCAUCAUCAAUGGCGCCUGGUUUCUCCGCAUUCGUGUCCGAACCGAACUGCACUAUAGUCAGCAUCCAUAGGCUUCCGUCGGCUUCCAGCAGUUACGUGGUCCUUGAUUAUGAGCGAGCGUGCGUGCGUAUGUGCAGCUGUGCCUAGCGGUGCAUGAGGGAUACAAUGCAAGCCCGCGCUGACUGCGAAAACAGGAAAAUAUCUGUCCAGAAGGAUUGAGAUGGGGGUUUUUGAGGUAACCGUAAGAGAAACUUGAAUAUCCAUGUCAAGAUUGCUCUUAUUAUAUGGAACUUGGUUGGCUGAUAGCCCUCUUGGCCCGAGCUACGGUAGGGCAGAAUGGAGGGGUGCAAUAUGAUGUAAGUCGAUGACUGGUACUGUUACAGGUACGAUGAACCGCAAAGCAACUGUAUGCCUGUACCGUUACCCUGUGUUCUUCCUCAAUUGGGGUAAGCUAUAAAAAAGACUCCUUGCUCUUAUGACAAGAUAUGAAACCAGUGCAAAGCUGAGUGAUCCCUAUAAUUCUUGCCGCCGUCUAGGUACUGUAGGUAUUGCCCUUUAUUGAUCAAGCGGCAUAACUACCUACCCCUCCGGCGGAACCUAAGCGGCAGCGGAAACGGCCCCUCCUAUAGCUCCAACGUUUAGGUUAGUACUGUAGCCAGUAGCUUGCUUAGAACUUUAUGUGCAACUGCUUGCACCAGCCUGCACCUGCAUCUAUCUCCAUCUUCAUCUGUUCUUUCUUCUCCGAUCGUUUUUUUACACCAACCAACCUCGUGCACUAAACUCACAAUCUUUUUCACUUCAAUAUUCUUCAACUAAUCGCUAACCACGUCAACUUGCUUUUCUUAGGCACUUUGGGCUCCUAUUUUUGAAGAUCCCUAGUGGGUACCUCACCUCAGGAGCUGUUACAGUCUUGUGCUUAGGUAGCUAGUUGUCUGGGCUUUCUUUUCUUAGCCACCCUCGUGGCCACGCCUACUCCUCUCUUCUCACGACCAGCCACUUUCUCGAGAGCCCUCGACGACUUUCUUUCGUCCUCUCUGGCCAAAACUUAAACAUCUCAAACAUACUCACGGAAAAUAUCAGACGAACAACAACAGACACCACAAUGCGCAUCACCCUUAACAUAUUUAACCCCCAGGCUGGGGAGCAGGAUAGCCUGCUCAUCCUCGAGAUCUUUCCCGACAUGACACUCGCUACCCUUCGCGAGUCUAUUCAGGCAGAAUCGACUGUUCCUCCAACCUCGCAGCACAUCUACCACAACGGCCGCCUAAUUUCGGAUGAUACCCAGACCAUGGAGCAGCUGCAGAUUGUGGAUGGAGAGAUGCUGGCCGUGCACGUCAGGGAUAUGCGAGGAAGCACUGGUGUACCCGAACAACCUCGACGCCCUCAGCCUAGGAGACCGGCUCAGAACGAACAGGACCCUGAGCUCAUCCGCCUUCAGAUUCUUGGCCAGCCUGCCCUGAGACAACAGCUCCAGUCACAACACCCAGAACUGGCUGCUGCAGUUGACAACCCUGCUCGUUUUGCACAAAUCUUCCGUGACAGCCAGAAUCGAGAGCAACGAGAGCGUCAGGAACGACAGCGGGAGAUCGAGAGACUGAACGAUGACCCUUUCAACGUUGAGAACCAGCGAAAGAUCGAGGAGAUGAUUCGACAGGAGCGAGUCAUGGAGAACUUGCAAAACGCCAUGGAACACAACCCCGAAGUUUUCGGAAGAGUUCACAUGCUCUACGUUGAUGUAGAGGUAAAUGGUCACCCAGUCAAGGCGUUUGUUGACUCCGGUGCUCAAGCCACCAUCAUGUCGCCCUCUUGUGCUGAGGCCUGUGGCAUAAUGAGACUGAUCGAUACUCGAUUUGCUGGUGUAGCUCACGGUGUCGGAACAGCAAGAAUUAUCGGCCGUGUUCAUUCCGCCCAGAUCAAAAUUGGAAACCUGUUCCUCCCCUGCAGCUUUACUGUCAUGGAGGGCCGAUCAGUUGACCUUUUGCUCGGUCUCGACAUGCUGAAACGACACCAAGCGACUAUUGAUCUGGCUAGAGACAAGCUCAUUAUCCAAGGUGAAAUGAUUCCCUUUUUGGGAGAGGCUGAGAUCCCCAAGGCGGAAGAGGAGGAGGCUGCACAAGAGCCAACUUUGCCUGGUCCCGAUGGCACAGCAAUCGGACAACGUACCGGAGCCGUUGUGCCUCCUGGCCAGCACCAACAGCAGAUCCCUGCCAGACCGCAAGCCGCUCAGUCUGCACCAUCCCCUGCUGCAGCUGCAGCUCCCGCCCCCUCCGCACCCCAAGCGCCUCCUGCUGCACAGACUGCUCCAACAACAGCAAACAUCUCGCCACAAGCAAUCGAGAGCCUUAUCUCGAUGGGUGCCACUCGGGAGCAAGCCAUCCAGGCCCUCCAGGCCGCAGAAGGCGACCCGGAUGUUGCUGCUGGGUUGAUUUUCUUCUAGGGACAUGGAGGCAACACGCUGGAUGGUGACAGGGAACGAUGAAGAAAAAAAACACAAUGAAUAAAGUGGAGGAUCAUAAUGAUAGAUGAGUAUCCAACUCUCGUGUUUUAGUGAGCGGAUAGAAAGAUUUCAUGUCUACAAAUGGGAUGGGAUGGUUAAGGAACAGGUACGACCAUUUCGCUAUAAUGCGGCACGACACAUUGGAGUACUCAAGAUAUAAGGUUCAAACGUAGUUAUGAAGUACAAAUUGCUCAUUAGCUUUUGGUGCGGGUAUUGUUCGUCGCAGGAACUAACUUAAUCUAUGAAAACCCUCCCCCUCUCUCUUUGCUGGUUGUCUUUACCGGAUCUUGUAGACGCAAGGCUUCAGGACAGAAGCCUCGUUAACUUCAGGCUGC